AUGACUUUCACCUCAGCUUUAUACAACAUCUUACAGAACCCGGUACUCAUCGUGGGCUUUUUGCGCCCCGACAGCCCCAGGUCCCACUGGCCGUCGCCCUACGAAUCAUCGACAGCCUCUACGCAGACCGAAGACAACUGGACGGAAGCCGAGACACAACCGGCAGAGCAGCAGAAUCCCGAGCAGCUCCCCUUUGUGCCGAUAAGCGAACAACCUGUGGAAUCGCUCACCGAGCGGCCAUCCAGCACAUCGCUCACCGAGCGGCCAUCCAGCACGGCGCUUCACACUCUUCCGCCCUUCGGAUCUUUUUCUGAAUUUAUCUGGCGUCUCAAUUGCAGGCCCUCAUCGAACGGAUCGUCGACGAACAGUACAGGGGCAGUUGGGAGAGGCGACCUGUGGUGA